GCAGUGGUCGAUUCCAGAGAGCAAAGUAAGUUGGAAAAAUUUGCUCUUCGCAUUCAAGGUCCCUUUCUGGAUUUUACCCUCCCAGUGAUUUCGUGUCACUGCAAGACAUCCGAAGUCCAGAAACAACCUCCCGGUUCAACAGGAUCCGAAGGGGACCAGCACAUAAACCAAAAUGCCUGAAGCUGCAGAAGUAAACGGUGUAGAGGGAAUGGGCGGGAAGACGGAACUGGAGCAACUCCAGUUCAAAGCGAGUCAAGUGACGGAUGAGUCUUUAGAGUCAACAAGGCGAAUGAUGGCCCUAUGCGAUGAGAGCAAGGAAGCGGGUAUUCGAACUCUCGUCGCGCUUGAUGAUCAAGGAGAACAAAUGGAUAGAAUUGAAGAAGAUAUGGACAAGAUUAACGCUGAUAUGAAGGAAGCGGAAAAAAACUUGGAAGGAAUGGAAAAAUGCUGUGGUAUUUGCGUGUGCCCUUGUAACAAAUCUUCGGAUUUUAAAGAGGAUGCAAGUACGUGGAAAGCAAGUGAAGACGGCAAAGUUGUUAACAACCAGCCAGCGAGAGUUAUGGAUGACAGAAAUGGAGCAGGGCCUAUGGGUGGAUAUAUUGCUAAGAUCACAAAUGAUGCUCGCGAAGAAGAGAUGGAAGAAAAUAUGCAACAAGUUAGUACAAUGAUUGGAAACUUACGAAACAUGGCUAUUGACAUGGGAAGUGAAAUGGAAUCUCAAAACAGGCAGCUAGACAGGAUCAACUUGAAGGCUGAAUCCAACAAGACAAGAAUCACUGCAGCUAACCAGCGUGCAAGUAAACUUCUGAAAGAAUAAGGGGAAGUGGAACACGGUCGCACAUUCAAUACCUACUUCCAGUAUAGCCAUACAUCAUUUCCUCAGUAUCAGAAAUUUUGCUACAAUUUUCUUUUACAAUUUGUAAUAAGUGCUGAUUAUGGGCAUUCAUUUCAGUUCAGUCUAAUUAUUAUUUUUUACAAAGUUUGUGACAGAUUGUGAUAGCAAGGGCCCUGCUUUGCAUGAAUCACAGAAUAUAUUCACAACGAACUAAACCUUCAGGUGGUGCAACUGCUGCUGCAUAUAUACCUAUAUUAUGCACGAACUCAAAAAGUCAGAAAGAAUAUUUUGAAUUGUUACGAUUGGGAUAUUAAAAAGGGCUCUCUAAAAAAGAUUUUUGCAUAUACAGUAUUUCUUAAAAGUAAAUUAGGCUUGAACUCAACACUUACAUUGAAAGGAAAGUGUUAUCUACUAAAUAUGCUUUAACUAUUUAUUUUUAAAGUUUCAUUUUAUUUUCUUUAGUAUCCAAAAUUGCCCACAGAAGUAUAUUGUACGGAAAAUAUUUUAUUAUCGUAGUUGACUCUAUAGAUAUUUCAUUUACCCAAAACAAAUCAUUCUUCCUAUGUCAAUUCCUUUUAGCAUGAUUUCACAUGAAAUAAAUUUUUAAAUGCGAAGUGUUUUAACUUUGUUUUAGCUGGUGAUUUUAUUGCAAACCUAUUGCAAUUCAUUAUUCUGAAAUAAUAACUUAAUUAUUCUUCAUGUUGUAUAUACAUAAAAUAAAUCUCAUUUAUUUCUGGCAUAGUAUGAGGGAAAAGAAGAUUUUAUACUGCUGUGAUUUUCUUGCUGCAUUUAUGUGUAAUUUUCAAUGCAUACUUAUUUCCCUUAUACAUGUUCACUUUUUGAAGAGUGCAUAAUCGUAUAUUCUAUGAAUCUGCAAUGGAAAUAGGGGCCUUUGACGUUUCUUCACUGUUUAACAAAAUGGCACUAUUAGUAAAUACCCUCUUACCAAUACCGAAUUUUCUUUGAAACUUCGACUAAGUUAAGCGACCAUGUUCAAAGGAAGUAUGUGCCUAGACGAAAAUGUGUAAUUACGUUCGUCAUUUGUUUCUUCUUUUAUGACUUCAGAAUAUAAAAAUAUAAGAAUGCUUUUCAAAUAUUCACUCUUUACCUAAGCAUCUGUGUUAGUGGUUUUAAAUGUGUGAAAAAAAAUAUAUAUAUACAUACAUACAUACAUAUAUAUAUAUAUAUAUAUAUAUACAUAAAGUACCCCCACCGCACCUAAAUAUACGGUGCUUUUGGUGUUACUAUUAGUAGAUGGCAUUUGUUGUACAUAUGCAUGAUAGUAAACAAAAUAUCAACUGCAUUGUUAUAUUUAUCUAUUUACUUCUCAAUGUUAUAUUCUCAGACUUGGUAGCUUUUUUUCGUCAGUAUGUACCUGGUCCUGAAGCUCAAACUAUUUGUUAUUUAUUCUUAAAGAAAAUACACGUUUCAAAACUCUUGAAAAAAGACCAUAAGAUAAUUAAAACUUCCCAAUGGUGUAUUUUCUCUAUUUCAGUUACUUUUUCCCAUUUCUCUGGAAGUGCUAAUUUUUAAAGUAUAACAAUGAAUUAUUUGAAAUAAACCAGAGUCCUUAUAAAUAUUUUUCUUGUUAUGUUUUUCAAAAUAUAAUGGUUAAGUAAUAUAUCAGAUGUUUGUAAUUAUUUGUAAUAAUUCCUGCUGAAUGUUCCUAGGCUAUUUAGCUAUCAUUUUAGCUGAUUUACAGGUUUAAGCUUUUAAAAAUUCAUUUAAAAUGCUUUCAAUUGCCUAAUUUUUGUCAUUUUUUAAAGUUUUCUGAAUACAAUUAAUUUUUCAGAUACCACUUGCAAAUAUAAAUGUUUUUAGAAUUAUACAUUUUCUUAAUAUCUAUAAAAUUUUAUAAAUAAAGAUCUAAAAUGUCAAGCUAAAACAUUACGCUAACUUUUUGCUGCAGAUAUUUUCAUAGAGAAACGCCAUUUUAUGUAGAAACGAAAGAAAGCAAUUUAUUUUAUUUUAUUUUAAUGCUAAAUAUUACAUUCUACUUGAUUUUGUGAAAACAUCUGCCGAAAUUAACGAGUGAAUUUAAGACGCCAAGUGUGAGAAUCUAAACACAGCACAAUUCGUAAAUUGUGUUACUAAUACUUAGAAGAAUGGGCACGUAAUGAUCUCAGUAUUUCUUUAGAUAAAAAUAUUAUGAAUAUUGUAAAAAGAGAUUAGUUAUGUCUUUAGUCCUACUUGUUAACUGUACAGCUUUUAAAUAAAAUUAGUUAAUUAAUUCUAAAUCGUGUUUAUUAAAAUGGUACAUUAUUCCAAGGUUUCUAAUUUUUGUUCUUCCAGCUGGACCAAAACUAUGCAGUUAUCGUUAACUAUUAUCGGUGUAUAAUUUUCUGCUAUUUGGUAGUCAGCCAGAUGUAUAACAUAAUAAUAAUGAAUGAUUUUAGUUUUAGUUUGUCUCUCAAAAGCCUUAUCUACUAAGCCUCUCUUUGUAACAUGAAUUUUUUUAAAUACGAAGUUGUAUGCAUUUUGUUCAAAAAAAUAUCUACCAUUUUGAAUUUAUUUUUAUAAAUAUUCUAUUAGCAAGAAAACUGCAUAUAAUUAGAAAUGUUUAUUAUCUAUAUGUAAUGAAUUAUAUAAAUUUUAUACAUUUUUAUGGAAUACAUUUUUUAUUUAUAAUCUAAAUUUUGAAAAUUAGUCAACAAAUCCUACAGCUUGCAUUAAAGUGUAAAAAUUUACUUCAUUAUAAAUUCAUUUGCUCACAGCAUUUCAAAGUAUUUUGAAUUUUCAUUUUAGCGAUGCCCUGAUUGUAAAAUUUAUAUACUGUAUUCGAAUAUUUCCUUUUAAAUUUUAGGAAAUUUUCUCAAGAUUGUUGAAAUUUAGUACUGGCAGGUUUAAAAUUAAACCUUAGCAAUAUGCGGGUGUUUAAGCUGGUCUUAGAUCAUUCUUCAAUAAGAUGGUGCUAUAACAUCUGAUUCUUCUGUGAUUUAUCACAUUAAAAAUUUUGACUGUUUAUUUCAUUUUGUAUACUGAUGUCGAUUUCACUUUAUAGCCAUUUAAGUGAUUUAAUAUUUAGUUUACUUAAUAUAAAGUUUAUUAAAAUUCAUCAUUUAAACUAUCACUUUUGCUUCCUUAACAUUUCAGAAAAAUAAAUAUUUAGAUGCAUGUGCACUUGUGUUGUAAGUGUAAACUAUGCAAAACAUUAUUGAUCAUGAUUGAGGAUUAACAUAAGGUACUUACUAAUGUAAUAUAGACAGUAUUUUUCCUUUGUUCUUUAAUGCUUAGGAUAAUGACCGAAGUUUGAAAGGCAUUGACUGUAAGUUGCAUGUUCAAUUAAAUUAAAUUCUGAAAUGAGAAUCGGUGCAUCGCUAAUUGUGUAACAAACCGUGAUCCUAUAAGUGUCAUAUAAUGUACAUAGAAAUUUAAAAUAUUGUGUGAAAAAAAAUGUGUGGUAUAUACACUUUUCUUCUAUGUGUGUUGUGGAAUAAAGCAGUUCAUCUGUCGCAUUUUUAAAAAAGUUUAAAAAAAAUGAAAAACAAAAUAUGUCUGUUUUCACUGUGUAGCAAAACAUGCUGUGACACACUUUAGAUAAGUAGUUAGAUAAUACUUACUUACAUUCUUUGCAUUAAACAAGUUACAUAGGGCAGAUUUCCAAUGUGCUUCAAAUCUGCAGUUGUUAUAAUUCUGUGUUUAACUAUCUUUAUUUUUAAUGUGUUAUUUCAGUGGUGGUUAAGAAAUUAUCAUAUUAUUUAUUAUUUAUUAAUUUUCUAUUAUAGUUUUUUUUCAUUAUUCCUGAUCAUUUCAAUUAAAAUUAUCUCGAAGAAUGUCUUUACUAACUGGCAUUCACUUUUGCAGUUUUCUAUGAAAUAUUUCGCAGUCUUAAAUCUAGAUGUGUACUCACAUAUUGAAAAUAUCUAUACUCAAUGUCUUACGAUAAAAUAUCUUUCAGUUUAUUGGCAAUUUUUUCCCCUUGAUUCUACUUUGAGAUCAGCAGUUUAUAAUUUCAAUAAGAGCUUAUGACUUCAAUUUAUUUACAUCGUAGAAUUCUAAAUUAUCACUGCAUCGAGUACCUUAUGAGUUUAAGAAGUACGUAGUUGUUUCACAUAAAUAGUCAUAGUAUCAUUACUGGAUCGAGAGGGUACUAAGAGUUAAAAUUUCUGUGAUAGUUUGAAAUGAAAAUAAUUUGCAAAGUACUUUAUCAUGUCACGUCAACACUUUAGUUUAGCUUUUAACUUGAUACAAAGUAUCAGUGUUUAUAAUAAUAGGUCUAUUCUUGUUUCAGAGGUUUAGAUAAUUUCAGUUCUUUGCUCUCAUAAUUAGCGAAGGAAGUUGGACAUUUACAAUAAGUUUGGAUUCUGUGUCGAUACAUACUCGAUAUUACAUUAUUAUAUUCGAUAAUACAUACCAAAGUUCGCAUUGAAAGAUAUAAAUGUAAGGCGAAAAUUAAGAAUGCUGUAAUCCAUACACUAUACGAAAAUUGACUUUUUUUCAAUAUUAAUCUGGUAGAAUAAUAAAUCUUUAAUUCAUCAAAACUGAAGUAGAAAGGUUUGUUCCUGUGUUCGUGUAUUCUUAUUAGGUGUAAAAUUUAAUGCAAUUCUAACAUUACAUUUGAGCUGAAUUACAUUUGUCAUACUUGAUAGACCAUAAUGCAGUUUGGUUUCGAAAACAGUUCUACACUUUUGGAUUGCUUUGGAAGAUUCAUCAAGUUUGCUCAGCAUCUCUGAAAUCAUUUUACGGAAUUUUUGAGAUUAUGCUAAUUACGGGACAAACUUUGUCAUUUACGGUAUUACAUGUGAUGAUAAUUCAAGGAAAUGGCAGUAUACUAGUAUGAAUGCAUCUAAAAAUAGGAAAAAAAAUUUACUCAUGUUUUGGAACACCAAAAAGUUUUUAAUAUGUGUAAAAUUAAAUUAGAACUGUAGUCUUGGAAUUUAUAGAGUUUUUCUGGCUUGCAAAAAGUUAUUCCAACAAUAUUGGAAACAGCUUAGUAUUUAAAUUAGAAUAAAAAUAAUCUUUGUUGACAUGCAAUAAAAAAUCUGCUUUAAUUCAUAGUUUUUAAUUCGUAAGUUUUAAUCAUUGAAUUUACAAAUUCUGAGAUCUUAACAAAGCAAAAUCAAUCAAAUUUAAUUUAAUAUUGUAAUUCGUACUGCUGAACUAAAUUCCACGGUUUCAUUAUUUUUAUGCUAAUUUUAAAGGAAAAUGUUACAAAGAGAAUUCAUUCUUAUAUCACAGAAUGCUCUUUUUGAAAAUUUUUAUUGCACCUUAAAGUUAUAUAAUAUAAUAUUAAAAUCAAGCAAGAAGGUUUAUAUAAAGUAGAAUCUCCUCUUCCUAACUAUACUGCUUCCUAAACGAACAGAUAGAUGUAAAUGGUUACAAGAUUUAAUUUUGACAUAAGAUAUGGUUUUUUAUAUAAGACUUUAAAUAGCAUUCAUUUAUCCUGUUUAAAUUGAAUUAUCCCUGUUUUAAUGUCUGAAAGCUUUAAUAUGAAUCUUUUUAUAUUUUUUAUAACCUUUCAGAAAACUUACAUAUUUAAUUUUAAUUUAUGAGCAGAAAGAGUUUGAAACGAAUGCUUCUUGGACCAGUUAUGGCUAAACUGUCGUGUUAGCUAUCCCUGAUUUAAAUCAUUGUAAUUUUAUCUCUGGACAUUUUGUUUUGCUUGUUUUAAACUAUAAAGAGGCGAUCUAAAAAAUGUAACCAAAGAAAUUAGUUAGUUGCUAACUAAUUUCAAGUAUAUUUAAAUUUUUAUAAUUAUUUGUAUUACAAAAAAAAAUAUUAUUUAAUCCAUUCCAUUCCCUCAGUUUUAAGAUAUGGUUUCAUCUUUAGCCUGAUACUCAGGAAACUUUACAGGAAUUUUUUCUGCCUAAAUUUUAAAAUUAUUUCGUCUUUUAAAGGCUUUUUGAAAAAUAUCUAAAUAAAGAUUAUAUUUUUUUCAUUGAAAAACAACAGAAAUAUUUUUUUAGAUAAAAUGUAAAUCAGUUGCAUUUCCAUCUUCGUUUCCGAACAUAUGCAUACAUGACUUUGGCUUAGAAGUAAAGAAUAAGGUCUGAUACUAAAAAAUUCUAAGAUAGGCAAGAGAAGUAAACUAGAUUUAGAACUGGUGUGCUAUUGAUGAAGGCUGAUAAAUUUUACUAGGCAUACAGUCAUAAAGCUUUGAUAGGGUUGGUGUAAAAACUGCAUAUUAAUUACAUUGUAUUGAGAGUCAUUUCAAAGAUAUAUUAAAAUGUAAAUAGUGAAAAAACGGUUAUACAUAAACGAAUUAAAAUUUUUAUUGCUAUCUGAUGAUCAUACGAUGCAUUGAAUUAUCCAACAUAACGACAUAAAUUUAUUAAAUGAAUAUCAUGUAAUUUAAAGAAUUCUUUUUAUGUAAUAAUAUAUGGUAUUGAAUUACGGUACUCGAUAUUUUAGGUAUGAAAGUAAAAUAUGUAUAUUAAACUAAGAAUCUAAAACAAAAAUGAAUUGUACAUUGUUAUGUAUAAAAAUUGUAAUUAAGUUAGGAAAAUUUGAGUGCAACUUCCUACGCUUUGUGAUUAUAUUUCCUGCAAUGUUAUGUUGUUCUCUACAUUGUUAUAAUGUUGUGAUACUCACAUGUAUUUAAGGAAUAUUUAUGGUAUAUGUUAUGUAAAUAAAGUAGAUAUACGAAUUUAGAACUUUCUCGUACCUGCUAUUAGCAGCUUUGUAUAAAUGAGGGAAGAGUUGAUACAUAUGAAUGCAUCUUGAAUGAUAGACUUAAACAUAUCUUUUAUAUUUUAUUUUUCAUUUUUUGAAGUUAAUGUUUGUUUAAUGGAUUUCAUGCAUCAGUAUCUUUCAAAAGAUAUUUAGUUUGCAUUUAUUUAGCUUCAGUAUUUGAUUCUCAGUUUUAUGUGAAUAUAUUACUACUUCUUCAUAUGUAACACUAGAUAUAAUUGUAUUUAUAUAUAUCUUUUGUUACUGCAUUUGUUAUUGCAUUAUUUAUGUUUUAUUAUCCAUGUAAAAUAUUAUUGUGUUAUUUUUCAUACAUUAGGAUGUGAGAAACUCAUCUAUGUAAUAUAAUACCUGAUUUAAUAUUUUCUGAUGCGUAGUAUAGAGUGAUCACCGGAUUCUGUCAAAAAAUGCUGAUGCUGUUGUUCAUAAAAAUUAGGCUAUAGUCACGAUGCAUAUGUGAAACAAGUUAUAUGAAAUUUUACUUUUCUGCAUUUUUGCACUUUUUAAAUCAUUUCCACUGCUGUAAUUAUACCUUUAAAUUUUUAAGCCUUUAACAUUUUAUAUAGAAUGGGAAAGUGUUAUGUUGCUCAUAGGAUGGUGGAAACUAUAUCGUUACAAUGAUAUUAAAUCUAGUGAUCUGUACAUAUAUAAUUAAACUGUAGAUAUUUUUUAUGUUUGUAAAGAUAUUUUGUUUCAUAGUUUAUCAGAUAAUUUCUGUAAAUAUUUUUGUUCCUUAAUAAAAAUUAAUUUUCGAAAAUGUUA